CUUGCUAAUCAGUCGAACAAUUCCUGGUGUACAUAAAAUAAUAUAUCUAAGUCAAUGUUUAUUUAAUUUGGAAGUGGUAAAUUAUGAAUAUUUGUAAAUCUAUCAACAAGAAGAAAUUUGAUAAUAUCUUCAACGUGUAGUGAGCCACCAUCAUGAAGGUUAAGAUGCUCUUCUCCGCACUGUCCUAAGGAGGCCACACCAUGCCAGUCGUUACCUAUCUCGACAGCCUGUUGGGACCUCUAGGGGCGUACGAGGAGCCGAGGACCGUCCAUGACAACAACUACAUAGACAGACUCAGUCAUCAUUAUACUAUCAUGCUGCUCUUCUUCUUCAGCACGUACCUGACAACAGAGGAGUACGUUGGGGACCCUAUCCAGUGUUGGUGCCCUGCACAUUUUACAGAGGUAGAAGUAGAUUAUACGAACGCUGUUUGUUGGGUGAGCAAUACCUACUACAUCCCCUUCACCAGAGUCAUACCUCCCCAGUACGAGCUACGGGCUACGUACGAGAUCACCUAUUACCAGUGGACGCCGAUCAUCCUUCUUCUGAUGGCCCUUACCAUGUACCUACCGCGCAUGUUCUGGAAGUACCACAUCAACCGCUGUGGCAUCACCAUCAAGACAGUACUGGAGAUAUGUUACAAUGCGCAGAACAAGAACAACCCAAAUGAUCGCGAAAAAGCGUUGUAUAAUUUAGCGACCUAUAUUGGAAAAUACUGUUACAGUGUACAUCUGUACAGAGCAGGGUUGUUUCCGAAUUUACGGGAAAUAUUCGGGAAGAAAUCGUGCAUCAAGAUUGGACGCCAUUACGGAAAUAAUAUAGUUACUCUUGCUAUUUUUGUGAAGUUUCUUUACGCGAUAAACGUUUUGUUACAUUUAUUCUUCCUAAAUGAAUUCCUCAGCCAUAGAUUCUACGUUUUUGGUUACGAGGCCGUGCUAAACUUUCUGGAAGGGGGACAGAGGGAAUUGUCCCCGCGGUUUCCUAGAGUGACUCUAUGUGACUUUGACAUGCGACAGAUCUCCAAUGUGAAUCGCUACACGCUUCAGUGUGUUAUCCCUGUUAACUAUUACAACGAGAUGUUCUUCGUUCUCUUGUGGUUCUGGUUGUCUAUUCUAUCCAUACUCGCAUUUUGUAAUUUCUGCUACAGUCUUUUAUCCACGUUCGUGCCGUUAAAUCAGAGGUCUUUUGCUAAAAAAUAUUUACUUAUGAAAAACGAGGACGAACAUACGGGGAAGAGAGCAUUUCCAAAGCUGCUGAACCGAUUUUUAAAGCGAUAUUUACGAAGAGAUGGCUUAUUUAUUUUAAAAUUGAUUUCCAAGCAUUCAAACACAUUCUUAUUAAUAGAUCUUGUUCAUCAUUUAUGGAAGGACUUUUUAAGUCGAGGAGGAAAUAAGCGGGUAAGAAGAUUCUCAAGUAUUAAAAGGAAAAGUCCCUUACGGAAACCAGAUGUUGACGAAACCGUCCCUUUGCUAGUACAGAACGGAAUCCUGACAAGUAUUUUAGAAAACACUAAACGAGUAAAGCCAGAAAAACGGGUCAGGAUGGAUGUACCAGAUGAUCAUAAAAUAAGUCGUGUUGACAUUAUUGUGAAGGGACACAGAUGUACCAGAUGAUGUUAAAUUGUUGGGAAAUAACAUAUUUCCUCAACUCUGUGCGAAAAUAACCAACUGGUAUUCCCUUGAGAGUUCCGUCAAUCUAAAGAUGACAUCGUAAAAUAAAUAUCUAGAUAUUAGUUACAUAUUUUUUUAUAUCGGUUAUGUUCAAUUAUUUGAACUCCAAUGAU